GGUAUGCUUCUCCUCAUGGAUCAGAUCAUAAUUCGACGAUGUCAUCAGAUACUAUGCCCAAUCUUUUCCCGGACCGGCCUAUUAGGCCGCUGCCGAAACGGAGACUUCGAGAACGACUAUCCCCUCAGGUUGCAGAGUCGAUAAAAUACCCACCUUCGAUGCUCAACUCGGUUCCCCUCUUUCAAUAUCCCUGCUCAUCAAAAGAAGAGGAAGCUCAUUCAAACAUCGGUUUCACGGGUUCAUCUGGGGGGCUGCAACAAGUUGAGUCGGCAAAAAGUCUCCCAGGCCGCCGAAAUGGAGGGGUCAACGGAGCAGAUGGAAUAGAGACAGGAAGGAGCGCGUUCGUUACAAGAUCUACGCCUGAGCUUUGGAAUCGGACGGUGCCUGUUUCUUCAAGACCAGAGCAAUCACGCUCAAGAACGCAACCCGCUCCAUCGACUCCCUCAUCGGUUGAUGGUUAUGAUUCAUUCGAGAAUACGAACAAUAAGAAGAAACGAAAAAUCCCCUCAGCGGGCGAUUCGGUACUCAACUCGGCUCACGGGCUUAAUAUCGAUAUGAGCUCACAUCCAACAUCUGCUGGCGCUAGCUCACCCUCGGGUGAAGUCAAUAAUGAUCAUUCGCUUUACAGUUCGGCGGGGUAUACCACGACAGGAAGCUUCGGUUCAAAUGGCCAGGGUAUGUCUGGGUCUGGGAGAGGCAGGCUUGGCAGGUCAAGGAAUUGUAGGAGUCCUUUACGAGCCCUCUCUGAUGGCAACAACUUGUCAGCUUCUCGCACCUCGAAAAGCGCAUCACAAUGGUCGUCUGAGCAUGAAGGAUCCAGCGGUAUUAUUAGAAACGCAAUAGCCAACGCGGGAAAAUUACCCCCCCAAGGAGAAGAGAACGUGAGCCUCUUGCAACAGCACUCUGCUAAAAGCAAAAGCACACCCUCCUCAUCCCAAUUCACGUUCACCUGCGACUCGCAAGUCACCGGCACAUUGCAUUGGCCCGCCAACUCGUCCAGACAUAACAUGGGUCAGCAGUCAAGCUUCAUGAACGGAGCUCCAACAGCUCACCACGAGGACCCUGCCAAGGCCUCCAAUCGCGAACGAAGAAAGACUCGCCGGCAAUUUGAAAAAGAACUGGUCAGAGGAGCAGAGGAUCGUCGGCAGGCAGCUGCUCGACGCUAUUAUCAGAACCCCCCUAAACCCGAAGACUUUUGGAUUUGCGAGUUUUGUGAUUAUGAAGCUAUUUUUGGAGAGCCUCCGCGGGCUCUCCUUCGGUCAUACGAGAUCAAGGACCACAAGAAAAGGCAAGAAGAGGCCGAUAGGAAACGGCUCCUAGAGAAGGCGAAACAAAAAACCCGAAAGGGCAAAAAGAAUGGGAAACCAUCUUCUAGGGGAAGCAUGGCAAAUCAACAUGACUCAGCUGGCGCAUAUGAAACGAACGUGUCUCCGCACAAUCAAUCUGGCAAUAGUCAGUCAACGCAGUCGGAGGACGAUGAGGACGAACAAACAGCCGAGUCUGAACAGACGUACCACAUCCCUCAGCCAAGUAGGAGGCUGGAAAAUGAAGAAGAUAGAGGAGGAGGCCCGAGUCGGAGAAGAGGACAAAGCGUUGACAGUGGGGGGGCUGGCAUACCUCGGGCUCCGACAAUUGAACUUGCAGUACCA